CAAUUAAAAAAUAUGAACGUUGGUAUAAUUUUUUUUUUUUUUAAUUAGCAGAUUUUUUUUAAAAUGGCAAAAUUGUGCAACGGCUAUUUUAAAAAAUAACCGUUGCUUUUAAAGGAGAAGGUGACAUUUGUCACCUUCUGAUUGGGCGCGCGUCAUCCUAUGCCAGCCAGCUCACCCUUUCUUUUUUCUCCCUCUGCCGCGCGUCAGUCUUCAUGGCCAGCAGCUCUUUUUUUUCUCUCUCUCUCCCGCCAGGUGUAACCUCUUCAUUAGAGCACCAUUUGGGCACCUCCCCUAAUCUUUGAGCAUCCUCAUUAAAUGGGGAACCAACCCCACUCAUGGGGAGCCCCAUUUGAGGAGAGAGAGUCUAUAUGGGGAGGGUAAAAUUCCCCAUUGGAGGUGCUCUUAUUACCCAACCACACUAUCUCUUAUAUUACCCUCCCUCAUUUCUUUCCCCUUCAUAUUAUAUUACAAGACAAAGAGUUCUUUCAACAAAAAUACAAACCUACAAUUUUUCCAGUCAAAUUCUCUCCUUUCUUCCUUUCUCAGUCGAUCAUCACCUCACUCUUCCAUGUCUGAUGAAGCAAGAAACUAUCAUAAUUCCUAUAAUUAUCACCAUAAUCCAUCGUUAACGUUAAUCCAUGAAGAUCCUGAUCAUGCCCUAUUAGAUAACAAUAAUUUCUUCCCAUAUUCUUAUAACCCUACCUCGUCUAAUCUUUACUUCAGUGACUUCAUAAAUGGAUAUUCCAUGGACUACCCUACUCUCCCCAGGAGCGUAGCGUUGUCACCGACCCCGGCCUCCUCAGAAGUCUUCUCCUCCGUUAUUGAUGGUGGUGGUGAUGAGAAACCAAGAAUGGCGAAAGAGAAAGAGGGAGCCUCUGCCGUUGGUAGUGGGGAGAAUCCCGGUACUCCAAACUCUUCGAUCUCUUCCUCCUCCACGGAAGGUGGUGGCGCGGAUGAUCGUUCGGGUGUGAAGAACGAAGAUAAGCACCCGUUUAAAGCAUGCGAUGAUCAAGGCGGCGAUGAUGAAUCAAAGAAAGUGAAUAAGGGAAAGAAGAAAGGGGAGAAGAAGCAAAGGGAACCAAGAUUUGCGUUCAUGACAAAGAGUGAAGUUGAUCAACUUGAAGAUGGGUAUAGAUGGAGAAAAUAUGGGCAAAAGGCCGUCAAGAAUAGUCCUUAUCCUAGGAGCUACUAUCGUUGCACAACACAGAAAUGCAUGGUAAAGAAGAGAGUGGAAAGAUCUUUCCAAGACCCGUCGACGGUCAUUACAACCUACGAGGGUCAGCACAACCACCCAGUUCCGGCCACGUUACGUGGUCAUGCUGCUGCGCUCCUCCCUCAAUAUUCCAUGCUAGCACCAGCACCACCAUCGUCGUCAUCGAACUUCCCUCACGAACUACUAGCUCAACUAGGGCACGGCGGAGCUGAUAAUAUGAGUGUUGGUGUUUCUUCCUUUUCGCAGUUUUCACAUCUGCAACAACUUCAUCAUCGUCAUAACAUUCAUCAGUUACAGUUUCCAACUGAUGAUUAUGGGCUAUUGCAAGAUGUGGUUCCACCCUUCCUUCUUAAGGAAGAGCCCUAGUUAUUAGACUUGUAUAACAUAUACUAUCACUAUGAGUCUAUAUAUGUAUUAUCCUAGCUAAUCUUAUUAUGUAUGUUAUAGAGGAACUUUUUGACUAAUCAGUUAGUGUAUAAUAUACAAUAGUGAUGUAUCAGAUACUUCAUAUCUUUAUGCAUGGGAACUAAUUACUAUACUAUUUUAUAAAUUUGGUAUGAUAAAUUACAUUAACGUCCUAUCA